AUGUGGAUUCAUUCAAUAAUUUCAUAUUCUGUUAUUGCCUACUUUUCAACAUCCACAACAUCACAUCAACUAUGGUCUAGUAUUGAAGAGCGAUUUUCUAGAGCGUCAUCAACUCACUGUAUUCAACUAUGCACAAAGUUGUUAUCACUCACUCAAGGUAACAAGUCUAUUCCAUCUUUGAUUAAUGAGAUCAAGUCUUUGUCUGAUCAGUUAGCUGCUGCUGGAGAGCUAAUCUCAGACAAGGAAUUAGUUGUUGUCACUCUCAAAGCAUUAAAUUCAGAUUACAUUCCCUUCGCUACUGCAAUGCGUCAUAGAAAUCCACCAGUCACAUGUGUAGAACUAUACAACAAUCUGUUAAGUGAAGAGACAGUUAUCAGUGAAAGGCACAAAACUACAUUUGAAACUUCAGAUGCAAAGGCAUUUGUUGCUCAUAGAGGUAAUUUUAGAGGAGGAUAUAAUAACUAUAGGGGAAAUUCUUCUAGAGGCAUAGGAUAUAAUGCAGGCAGAUAUCCCAAUCCCCACAUAUUCAGCAGAUUUACUUCUGGUAGAGGUUAUUCUUCAGCACCUGAAAAAGAAUCUUGUUAG